GUCUCACGUCGAAGUCUCACCAAAAGUCUUCGCAAGCCGCUAGUUCGUCCGCGGUCUCCCGACUGGACGAAGAGUUCGUCCUUUUCACGAACUUAAUCACCGACAAGGUGGUUUUUAUUUAUUUAUUUAUUUUAUUUUAUUUUUAUUUCGUAUCGUGGACCGACCAGUGAAACAAGCCAACAUUGGACUACGGAUACACGGAAGGAUCGUGGCUGAAGGAGGCUGCUGUCAGCCAUGGGGACGGCCAAGAUGAAACAUCUUUGGCCGUUGGUGGCGUGGAUACUUCUAUUCCUAUGUCCAGCCGAAUCUCUCAGAGGACUCGGCCACGGACUAAGGAGAGAAGUGUUCUUCCUGAACCUCGAAGACGGCUACUUCGGCUGUCAGGUAAACGAGUCGACGGACAUCCUACAGCUACUGGAACUCUCCAAACUGUGCGACAACAACGUCGAUUGUUACCAAGGGACGGACGAGCAACGCGAGAGAUUAAAAUGCACAGACGAUUGUACCAAGGAGGACGGCACCAGGUGUCUGAAUGGCGUCUGCUUGGACUCGGUGUGCCAUUGCAACGACGGUUUUGGUGGUUGCAAUUGCCAGGUGCCAGACGAGAACGAGUGCAAAUACCGUCCCUGUGAUAUAUUCGCGCAUUGCACGAAUACUCUUGGUAGUUUCCAAUGUUCCUGUUUCCCUGGCUAUCAAGGCGAUGGUUUCCACUGCGAAGAUAUCAACGAGUGUGAUAACCCGGUACUUGCUGCGAGAUGCGUGGAAAACGCCGAAUGUUGCAAUCUCCCGUCGCAUUUCCUAUGCAAAUGCAAACCUGGCUACAUCGGCGACGGCGAGGUGCAUUGCGAGGAUGUGAACGAGUGCGCGAUAUCUGGUGCGUGUGGUGAUAAUACGGUCUGCAACAAUAUUCCGGGGAACUACACUUGUGCCUGUCAACCUGGGUUCACGGGAGACCCCUACGAAACUUGUAUCGAUAUCAACGAAUGCGAUUACGCGGGUGCUUGCGGAAGGGGUGCCUUGUGCGUCAAUCUUCCGGGCGCCCACAAAUGCGAAUGUCCCGAGGGAUAUAACGGCGAUCCUGAAGAAGAAUGCGUGGACGUCGAUGAAUGUCUGCGCAGUCCUUGCGGUCGUUCAGCUGAGUGCACAAACGUACAUGGCAGUUUCCGCUGCUCUUGCCCGGAAGGAAUGAGUGGCGAUCCUUGGGUAGGCUGUCACGAUAUAAACGAAUGCGAGGAGGGUACACCGUGCGGCUCGGAUGCUGAGUGCGUGAACACAGAGGGUAGUUUCGAGUGCAGAUGUCAGACAGGCUAUCAAAUGGAUGAAACGCAUGGUUGCAUCGAUGUGAACGAGUGCAGCCGGUUGGAUGCAUGCGCGGAGAACGCAAGAUGCAUCAACGUACCAGGAUCGUAUAAGUGCAUCUGCCCCCAAGGCUUCAUCGGUCAAGGACUAACAUUAUGCGAAAACGUGAACGAAUGCGAGAGAAAUCCUUGCGGCGAAAACGCUGAAUGCAGCGACACGAUCGGCAGUUUCGUAUGCAGUUGCAAGGCGGACUACACUGGGGAUCCGUUUAAGGGAUGCAGCGAUAUCGACGAAUGCACAGCAUUAGAGAACCCUUGUGGAAGGUAUGCGAUUUGCAAGAACACGGAUCCUGGUUACAAUUGCGUCUGUCCACCGGGAUAUAGUGCCAAUCCCAAUCCGACAGUCGCUUGUGAACAGACCGACGUGACAACACUUUGCAAAUCAAACUUCGACUGCGUGAACAACGCCGAGUGUAUCGAAGAUCAGUGCUUCUGCAAGGACGGGUUCAAAGCCAUUGGAGCCGAAUGUGUGGACGUUGACGAAUGUCUUUCGAACCCUUGUGGACCUGCUUCGAUUUGCAGCAACACUAGGGGCAGUUAUCACUGCGAAUGCGAGUCUGGCUUCGUUGGAACUCCGCCACACAUACCUUGUAAAGCACCGUGUGACGAAGUAACUUGUGGAGAUCAUGCGUACUGCAAGGCAGAUGGCCACGAAGCUUAUUGUAUCUGCGAGGAUGGCUGGACUUUUAAUCCGAAUGACAUUGCAGCUGGAUGCGUUGAUAUAAACGAAUGUGACGCGAUAAAUGGUCCUUCGGGACGUUGCGGUAAAAAUGCCAUUUGUACCAAUACUCUGGGUGGAUUUAGUUGCCAGUGCAAACCUGGAUUUUCUGGAAACGCCUUCAAACAAUGCAUGGACGUAGACGAAUGUGGCAGACCAGAUGCUUGUGGCCACGGGGCUACAUGCACCAACACCGAGGGAUCUUAUUCCUGCACCUGUCCAGAAGGGACCAUUCCAGAUCCCGAUCCUUACAUCAAGUGUGUGGGCAUAGUUACCUGCGAAGUCGAUGGUGAUUGCCCCGGAAACGCCAUUUGUGAUCCACAGAAACGUUGUCUGUGCCCAGAACCCAAUGUUGGAAACGACUGUAGACACCCGUGCGAAGACUUAUCUUGCGGACCAAACGCCCACUGUAUGCUGUCAAACGACGUGGCCACGUGUUUGUGUCGCAGUGGUUACACAGGAAAGCCAGGAGUGAAGGGCGGUUGCAGAGACAUUGACGAAUGCGCCAUUAAUCCGUGUCCUCAAGGAGCGAUCUGUAAUAACGAGCCAGGAUCAUUUUCCUGUCAAUGUCCCAGUGGCACCACAGGUGAUCCUUACAGUGGUGGUUGUCAAGAAUCGAAGGCUCCUCAUGUAUGCGGACCAAGUACUCCGUGUCCUGCUGGAGAACAGUGCAUCAAGGAUGAAUUCGUGGGGAGCAGCGUUUGUAUUUGUCAGAGAGGAUAUACUAGGGAUCAUGAAUCUGGUAAAUGUAGAGACAUUAACGAAUGUAUGGAACUCAGAGAUAAACCUGCCUGCGGUGUUAACGCCAUUUGUAAGAAUUUACCUGGGAGCUACGAGUGCCAGUGUCCGCCUGGAUUUAAUGGAAAUCCGUUCUCCCUUUGCGAAGAAUGCAACAGUAUCGAGUGUCAAUGCCAGCCUCCGUAUAAGAUCGUCAAUGGGAAAUGUAUGUUGGCCGGAUGUUCCAAGGGAGAAAAAUGUCCCAGUGGUGCAGAAUGUAUCACCAUUGCUGGAGGAGUCAGCUACUGCGCUUGUCCCAAGGGUUACACUACCAAGGCUGAUGGUUCUUGCGAAGAUAUAAACGAGUGUAUCGUUGGACACCAAGUAUGUGGCUACGGAGCAGAGUGUGUAAACCUGCCAGGAUCUCAUCAGUGCGUUUGUCCACACGGCUAUGGCGGAGACCCAUACAACGGUCUGUGUUCUCCGGCUCAGAAAAGAUGUACAAGCGACAACGAGUGUAAAGCCAACGAGAAAUGCGUGCAGCCUGGUGAAUGUGUUUGUCCACCGCCAUUUUACACGGAUCCUCUCGAUGGAAACCUUUGCAAGAAUCCUUGUGACCGGUUUCCAUGCGGUAUAAACGCAAAAUGUACACCAAGCGAUCCACCGAGGUGUAUGUGCGAGGCUGGUUACGAAGGUGAUCCUCAACACGGUUGUGUGGACGUGAACGAGUGUGCUAAUAAUCCCUGUGGUCACGGUGCCUACUGUAUUAACACCAAGGGCGAUCACAUUUGCGAGUGUCCAAAGGGAACAGUGGGCGAUCCUUACGGCGGUGGUUGUACUAGAGUCGCUGUGGCUAAGAACGAAUGUUCUUCUAACGACGAUUGCGACAAUAUCUUCGCUUGUGUCAAUGGAAGAUGCGUGAACCCUUGUGACAAUAUACCUUGUGGACCAAACGCAUACUGCGAGCCUGAUAAACAUGCUGCCUGGUGUCGAUGUGUAAUUGGAUUUGUGGAAGGCAAGAACAACGAGUGUGUUUCACAGUGCGAUGGUUUCGUGUGUGGCUCUGGAGCACAGUGUAUCGUGAGUUAUAGUGGACCAACGUGCAAAUGUAUCGAAGGUUUCAUGGGGAAUCCGUUCCCUGGUGGUCAGUGUCAACCGGACGUUUGUUCUCCAGAAGUUCCCUGCGCAGAACCAAGCGUGUGCAUAAGUGGACGGUGUAAACGUCGAUGCGAAGGCAUAGUCUGCGGGGUUGGUGCAUCUUGUGACCCAGCGACGAAUAAAUGCGUGUGCAAUCCUUAUUUCAUUGGAAAUCCGGAUCUCCUCUGUAUGCCACCGAUUAAUCCAGCUGUCUGUGAUCCUGCUUGUGGCUCUAACGCACACUGUGAAUAUACGUUGCAAGAAUCUAAGUGCGUGUGCAAUCCUGGUACCAGUGGAAAUCCGUAUCAUGGUUGUGGUGUGCAACAAAAAUCUGAUUGCUCCACUGCUUUGUGUGGCAAGGAUGCACAUUGUAAUGCUGGACCGAAUGCUGUUGAAUGUUUGUGUCCGCCUGGAUACGCUGGAAAUCCGUAUAUUCAGUGUCAUGAUAUCAACGAGUGUAAUGGAAACGCUUGUGGGAACAACGCAGUAUGCAUCAACACUAUCGGCAGCUACGACUGUCGCUGUAAAGAAAGUUACUUCGGCAAUCCCUUCAUCGGUUGCCAACAGGUCCAGGUCGGUCCUUGCACCGAUCCAUCAAGCUGCACCUGCAGUGACUCGGUACCUUGUCCAUUCGACUACAGCUGCGUGUCUGGCAAAUGCAUAAAUCGCUGCAGCGAUGUAAAAUGCGGACCCAGAUCAGUCUGCCAGGAUGGAGCUUGCGUGUGUCCACCUGGUUAUAGUGGCGAUCCCAACGACUUGAUCAAAGGUUGUUAUCUUCACGGUCACUGCUCUAACGAUCUCGAUUGUGAACCUCAACAGAUCUGCUUCCAAGUUGGGAAAGGUGUUAGGAAAUGCGUAGACGCGUGCAGCAAGUUACAGUGUGGUCCAAACGCAUUAUGUAUCACCCAGAAUCACGUGUCUUCGUGUCUCUGCGUCGAUGGAUACAAGGGAAAUCCUAGCAAUCUCGUAGAAGGCUGUAAACCAUUUAAAUCAGUGGUAACACCAAGAUGUGAACACGAUUCAGAUUGUUCUGAAGGUUCUUUCUGUAUUCUUCUGGACGGUGGUGUCCGCGAGUGUGUAAAUCCAUGUAGCAAAGUAGUCUGUGGUGCUCAUCAGAAGUGCGAGCCUGAUAUAAUUCCUGGUCACGCUACUUGCAAGUGUCAAGAUGGCUACGAAUGGAAUCCGAUACUAUCCUCCUGCGAAAAACCAUCUGUCCCUGAUUGUAUCUCCGACGAUGAUUGUCACACUACAGAAGCUUGUAGGCCAGACGCUCUUGGUGUAUUAAAGUGUGUCUCUGUUUGUAAAAGUUUCACCUGUGCUAUUAACUCCCAGUGUAUGGCGGAGAGACAUCGAGGUCGCUGUGAGUGUUCGCCUGGUUUUAUCGGCAAUCCAAACGAUCGUCAAGGAUGUCAAACACCUAGGAAAGACCAGUGUUCCACUGACAGCGAGUGUCCAGAGGAUCAAACCUGUAGAAGCACCAAAGAAGGUCUUCUGACCUGUCAACCAGUCUGCAAUUUCGUUUCGUGCGGUCCAAAUGCUUUGUGUGUGGUGCAUAAUCACGUAGCUAAUUGUGAAUGUCCACCUGGCCUCUACGCUGGUGAUCCCAAUGACGUUGUAAAAGGAUGUCGAGCUGUUCCAUGCGUGUAUAACAUCGACUGUCCACCCACUCAGCUUUGCAAUAGAUUGACGCACACUUGUUACGAUGCUUGUGAUGAAAAUGCUUGCGGUGUGAACGCUGUUUGCAUCGCGGAUGAUCAUAGGGCAAUUUGUCAGUGUCCUCCAGGGCUGAAGCCUAAUCCUGUUCCUGACGUCGAGUGCGUUCCUCUUGAAGCUUGUCAUCCGAAUCCUUGCCAUGAAACAGCUCUCUGUGUUCCUGGACCAUCCAGCAAUCCUGUUUGUCAGUGUCCACCAAAUUUUGUCGGGGAUCCUUACGUGAAAGGCUGUCAACCGGAAGGAUAUUGCGCCAGUGUCAAGGAUUGUCCUGUGCAUUCCAUUUGUCACAAUCAUCGAUGCGCCAAUCCUUGUGAAAACGCCUGUGGAUUGAAUUCUAUUUGCGAUAUUAUCAAUGGCCAACCCACUUGCAAGUGUAUUCAUAAGUUUAUUCCAUCUUCAAAGGGCCCGCAGGAUGGUUGCGUCCGCGCCACGAAUUAUUGCAACGUCGACGCUGAUUGCGUAGAGAGCAUCUGCCUUGAAGGACAGUGUAUAGCUGUUUGUCGAGCGAUUACCGACUGCUCUGCUGGUGAAAAGUGCGUGGAUAGUAAGUGUAUGGUACCUUGUGUUACUCAUACACAGUGCCAAACUGAUCAGGCUUGCGUUAACGGAAUGUGCAUUCUGGGAUGUCGAAGCAAUAAGAACUGUCCUUCGACGGAAUCCUGUAUCGACAAUAAGUGUCAAGAUCCAUGCAAGAGGAAAGACGUUUGCGGUCCAAACGCGAUCUGCAGCUGCACAAAUCACGCUACCACUUGCACCUGUCCCCUUGGAUUCCACGGAAAUCCCACACCCCAACAAGGUUGCGUCAGAGUGCCGAAUAUUUGCGAAGGCCCUCAAGAUUGCCCCAGUCAGCAUCUGUGUGUCUCUGGAUUCUGUCAAUGUCAAUGCAGCGAACAGGACAACUGUGCCGAAGGAGAACGCUGCAAGAACGGAAUAUGCAUGAAAGUGUGCUACGGCGAUAGUAAUUGUUUGCCAGGUGAAUUGUGCAUCGAUGGAGUUUGCGAAGUAGGUUGCACCUCUGACGUUGGUUGCAACGAUAACGAGGUGUGCAUCAACAACAAAUGCAAAUGCAGCCACGGAUUCAUUGCUGGACCAGAACACUGUCUGGACAUCAACGAGUGUGACGAUCAACCGUGUCACUCGAGCGCAGAGUGCGUCAAUCUUCAUGGAUCUUAUCGCUGCGUCUGCCCGCAAGGCACAGCUGGUGAUCCUGUGGGAACAGGUUGUGUAAUUCCUCACCAGUGCACCGUACACGCAGAUUGUGCCGAUUCACAGGCUUGCGUCCAACAUAAUUGCACCGAUCCUUGCUCUCUGGUUGACUGUGGUCUCAACACUAUUUGCUCCGUUUUGGAUCACACGGCUGCCUGUCAAUGUCAGCCUGGUUACAUUGGGGAUUCUUCAGGGUGCUUCAAAGUGGAAUGUCUUUCUAACAACGAUUGCUCUAUAGACAAAUACUGCAAUCAGGAUACUAACAAAUGCAGCAGUCCUUGUAAUCAAGUGGACUGUGGAUAUGGCAACUGCAUAGCAUCCGAUCAUUCUGGAAUAUGCAAAUGUUAUCCUGGUUUUGAACUAGCGGGUGACAUUUGCGUGGACAUUGACGAAUGUUUGAAGAAUCCUUGUCACUCCUCCGCGGUUUGUCAAAACACGGAAGGCUCUUACGCUUGCAUCUGUCCUCAUGGUUUGGUCGGAGAUCCUUUCAAAUCUGGUUGCAAACAACCGGGAGACUGCUUCACGGACCUUGAUUGCCCAAAUACUGCUGCUUGCAUUGAUAAUAGAUGCACCAAUCCUUGCGACGUAUCACCGGAUAGUCAUUCGUGCGGAAGAAAUGCCGAAUGUUUCGUUCAUGAUCACGUUCCACUUUGCAGAUGUCCUGAUCAGACCACUGGCAAUCCGACAACGGAAUGUAUUCACUUAGAAUGCAACUAUCACAGCGACUGCAGUCCUUCCGACGCGUGUUACAAUCACAAGUGCGUCGAUCCUUGUUCUCUUGCAAACGUAUGUGGACAAGGAGCAGAUUGUUCUUCUUUAAAUCACAGUGCAGUGUGCACGUGUCAACCUGGCGGCACUGGCGAUCCUAAUUUAGGUUGUACACCUGUUCAAUAUUGUAAAUCGGACUCCCAAUGUGCUACUGGUUCAGCUUGCAAUGGAGGAAUAUGCACUGCCCUUUGUGGAAGCACGAGGGAUUGUAUCGGCGACCAACUUUGCAUCAAUGGUCUCUGUCAGCCCACCUGCAAGAGCAACUCCAGUUGCCCCGAGUACCAAUACUGUCACAACAACAUCUGCGUGCAAGAAUUACGUUGCAUAUCCGACGAUGACUGCUCUUACGACGAAAGAUGCAUCAAGAACAACAUUGGACAAGCAGAAUGUCAGAAAGCCUGCGAUCUACUCCUCUGUGGACGCAACGCCGAGUGCAAAGCGGACAAUCACGUUGGAGUUUGCUCUUGCAAGCCUGGAUUCUUCGGAAAUUCGAAAGACGACAAGAUUGGAUGCCAAUCUAUCGAAUGUGAGGUCAACGACGACUGCAGCGGAGAGAAGAUUUGUGACACGCACAAGUGCAGGAUCGCUUGUUUAGCUCACAAUCCUUGCGGCGUCAAUGCUAUUUGCACAGCAGAGAAACACGUUCAAAUUUGUACGUGUCAACCGGGUUACACUGGAGAGCCAACUCAUGGAUGUCAAUUGAUCGAUUAUUGUUCGGAUCAACCUUGCGCACCUGGCGCUGUGUGUGAAAAUUCCAGAGGGUCUUAUAGAUGUCACUGUCAACAGGGAAUGGUUGGAGAUCCUUAUAAUGGCGGUUGUCAGCCACCGGUAGAAUGUCUGCAGGACGGAGACUGCCCACUGACUGCAAAAUGUAUAAACGUCAACAACGUACCCAAAUGUUUCGAUGUCUGUUCACGUACACAGUGUGGACCAAACGCAGACUGUGUGGCCACUUACCACGCAGGAGCCUGUCAGUGUCGGUCCGAUUACGAGGGUGAUCCGAACAAUCUAAGUAUAGGCUGUCGACCUAAACCGGUUGUUUGCACGUCAGCCGUGGACUGUUCGCCCAAUACCUACUGUUACGAGGGAAUCUGUCGACCGUCCUGCCAAUCGGACGAAGAAUGCAACCUGUCAGAUGUGUGUCUCAAUGGACAGUGCUUGGAUCCUUGCAACGUGAAGGCCGCGUGCGGAAUAAAUGCGGAAUGCAACGUGAAGAGUCACAUUAAACAAUGCAGCUGUCCACCUGGGUUCACCGGUAACUCGGAAGUAGAAUGUGUCAGAUUACCCGUGUCCUGCAGAGACACCACCGACUGUAACGAUGGCAACACUUGUCGCGACAACGUGUGUCUUCCAAUCUGCACUAGCGACAACGAGUGCGCCUUCAACGAAAAAUGCGUCCAAGGAAAUUGCCUUCUCACUUGCAGGCUCGACAACGACUGUUUCUUGGGUCACAUCUGUCUGCACAACAUGUGUGCGUUUGGUUGUCGCGCGGACGAGGACUGCAACGCGAACGAAGCUUGCAUCACGAACAAAUGCAUCAAUCCUUGCGAAGCCACUCCUUGUGGGCCAAACGCUAAAUGCACAGUAUUUAAUCAACGAGCCACCUGUUCGUGUCCAGCAGGCUUCAUGCCGAAUCCAACUGCAAAAGUGGCUUGUUUAAGAUCGCCUGGACCUGUUUGUCAAGCGAACAGGGACUGUGCGACAGGAACAGCUUGUAUUGGAGGACUGUGCACUCCUGUCUGUUCUACAGACUUAAAUUGUUUGAGUAACGAACGUUGUGACCCUUCGGGAAUCUGUAAAUCGUUGUGCAGAAGGGACGAAGAUUGUAGAAGCGGAGAGAUUUGCGAGGGAUUGGUUUGUGUCAUUGGAUGUCGCGCUGACGUGGAGUGCCAGGAGAAUUUCGCUUGUUUGAACAACCAGUGUCAAGAUCCUUGCUCUCUUCCUGAUGUUUGCGGAGUGAACGCCAAGUGUGCGGUCGUAAAUCAUCAGAAACAUUGUUCCUGUCCGGCACCAUUAGUCGGUGAUCCUCUAAUUGGUUGUAAACAGGCGUUCCUGCCUUGUAGCAACGAAGAGGAAUGCGCUACUGGUCAGACUUGUUACGGAAGAUCUUGUUACGCCACAUGCAAAAGCGACGCUAAUUGUCUAAGCGACGAACGUUGCGACGGAGGAAUUUGCAAAGCCAUUUGCAACAGUGACGAUCAUUGCGUGGCUAAUCAGAUCUGUCAAAAUAGGCUGUGUGACAUCGGAUGUCGCAGCGAUAAUACUUGUCCCAACGACGAGUCCUGCGUGAACAAUAAGUGUAAAAAUCCUUGUGAGGGUGGCAAGGCUUGCGGGGAAUGUGCCGGUUGUCGCGUUGUAAAUCACGUGGCACAAUGCAGUUGCCCAGCCAAUUAUUAUGGAAACGCUUUGAUCAGUUGCGCGAAAUCUAUGAUUCCCUGCGAUGGCACUUGUGAGUGCGAUGAAAUUGGUUUUUGCACGAAGAGCUGCUAUAGUCAGGAUCAAUGUUCUUGCGGGGAAGUUUGUCACUCUGAAAAGUGUCGCAUCAAGUGUGAUGUUAACAAUUAUUGUCCAAAGGGAUACGUUUGCGACCAAGGACUAUGCCUCAUUGGUUGCCGCACUUAUUCCGACUGUCCUUCCUCCUUAUCUUGCGUCAGUGGUCAGUGCGAGGAUCCAUGCUCAGCUAAUGGAUCUCCCUGUGGAACCAACGCACUGUGUCGUGUUUCGAAUCACAGAGCAGUGUGCUUAUGCCCAGAAGGAUACCAGGGAGAACCCAGUCAAGAAUGUUACCAAUUGGAAUGUCAUCAUGACGACGACUGUGAGGCCAACAAACGAUGCAGCGAGGAUGGCGUUUGCACAAAUCCUUGCUUGCAACAUGGUGUUUGCGGCUUCAACGCACAGUGCAGAGUAGUUAACAGGAAGGCUCAGUGCUCUUGUCCACCCGGACACUACGGAAAUCCUAAGAUCAACUGUAAGAAAGGUGGAGACGAGUGCUUAAGGAGACCGUGCGGCGUGAAUGCGAAGUGCAGAGAGACUCUGAAUGGAUUUGAAUGUACUUGCGAUCCUGGAUGCCACGGAGAUCCUCAUCAAGCUUGCAUCUGCGACGGAGGAGAGCUGUGCAAGGAUAUGCGUUGCGGAGUGAACGCUGCAUGCAGGAUUUAUAAGAAUCAACCACAGUGCUACUGUCCAUCGAAUUAUCCCUCCGGAGAUCCGACGCAGGCGUGUAGCGCAGACAAGAGUUUAGGGGACUGUCGCACGAACGGUUGCGGUAAAGGGGCUGAAUGCAUACGAGACGGUGCGAUAUUCGUAUGCAGAUGUCCACCGGGUACCAGUGGAUCGCCGGAUAUCGAGUGCACCACAGAGCGCGAAUGCACCAGCGACCUAGAGUGCCCCAAUGAAAAAGCCUGCAUAAACCUGCAAUGCGUGGACCCGUGCGGUCUCCGCGGUGCCUGUGGGAUCAACGCCCUGUGUCGUGUGGUUCUGCACAAGCCACGAUGUUCCUGCCCUCAGUGUUAUAUCGGUAUGCCUCACACGGCCUGUCAUCCAGACCCCAAAUGCGAAACGCUGAAUCCCAGACCUACGCCGAACAUCGGUUGCUCGUCCGAUCGCGACUGUCCAGAGAGUCUAUCCUGUCAUUCUCGUACCGGAGAGUGUCGUGAUCCGUGUCUAAGUUCACAAUACACCUGCGAAGUAAAUAAGAGAUGCCAGGUGCGGAACCACAGGCCCAUGUGCGUGUGCAAAUACGGAUUCGUCGUGAACGAGGUCGGGGAGCUGACCUGCGCCCCCGACACGUUGACAUGCACGAGGGAUUUCGACUGUCCGUCGAACGCCGCGUGCGUUAAUGGAAAAUGCCAGAAUCCGUGUAACGUGAGAAAGAAAAAGCCGUGUCCGGCUGAUAAAACCUGCGAUGUCCUGGACCACCGUCCCGUCUGCAUAUGCACACAAAACUGCAAUCCCUCCCUCUCCAUUUGCCUGCGAGACAGUGGCUGCUCUCCAGACUUGGCGUGCCGCAACUAUCGCUGCGUGGACCCAUGCAGAAACUCCACCUGUCCGGCUGAUGCCCCCUGUUACGUGGAGGAGCACAAGCCUAUCUGCAAGUUCUGUCCCCCCGGCUUUGUGCCAGACACUAAAUACGGAUGCAUGAAAGCAGUACUUCACCACACGCCCGACCGUUUCUGCGAGUCCGAUGACGACUGCAGCGACACAGAAGCCUGUGUCGAUGGAUCCUGCGUUGAUCCUUGCGUCGGCCACUGUCGAUCGACAGUUCGAUGUCGGGUUAAAGCACACAGGCCUGUUUGUGGCUGCGACCAAUACGAUCACACUUGUACAAACACCACCACAACUAUGCAAACUUUCGAUUAUUCGACACCAGAAAUCUACGAGAUGACUACACUUUCAACAACUACGCAAUUUACAACGAUUCCGUAUUCGAGUGAAAGUACAGAAUCUUCGAGUGGAAGUACAGAAUCUUCAAGUGAAGUAGCCACUGAAACUUCUGAGGCCUCUAUGACAACUAUGCAAGCUUUCGAUUAUUCGACACCAGAAAUCUACGAGAUGACUACACUUUCAACAACUACGCAAUCUAAUUUUAAUAUCACAGCAUAUACUUCUACCGUUACGGAGGAAAGUACGAUUCCAUAUUCGAGUGAAAGUACAGAAUCUUCAAGUGAAGCUUCUGAGGCCUCUAUGACAACUAUACAAACUUUUAACUAUUCGACACCAGAAACUUACGGGAUGACUACAUCCUCAACAACUACGCAAUCUAAUUUUAAUAACACAGCAUAUACUGUUUCUAUUGUUAUGGAGGAAAGUACAACAACCUCGUAUUUCAGUGAAAGUACAGAAUCUUCGAGCGAAGUAAUCACUGGAAUUUCUGAGACAUCUAUUAUUCAAGAAAGUACAUCCGUCUCCAUGGAAAGCAAACCAACUUUAAGUACAACAGUAGCGGAUGAUGUAUUUAAAACUUCCACGACGCUGACAACAGAUGUCGAAGGUGUAGAAAGUACUACUGCUUCAGACAUCUCAGAAGUGUUUACUGUUAAAGAUAUUUCCGAAGAAAGUACCGAAAUUAUUCCAACAGUGAAAGAUAUUGAAUUCAGUAGUGAGAAAUUUUCUAAGAGUGAGACAACUACUAUGUCUUAUGUUACUGAAAUGACCUUUACUACGAAUUUAAUGAAAGAAACGAAUGUAAGUACAGAAGUAACUGAACCGACAAAAGUGCAGAUAGUCACUCCUGUUACAUAUGUUUAUCCUCCAGAUGAGACGUUGCCAUUGGGUCAUGUUGUUACUGUUACUCCGAUAUGUGUAGGUGAGUAUACUACAGAAGUGCCAGAGAUUACUGAAUCGACAAGUAUGUCUAGCAGUUUUAUUGAGAAUGUUACAAUGGGUGAAAGUUCCAGUACAAUGGAAUUGAUUACUGAGAAUUUAAAUAUAGCAACGACAGAAAAUGUAACAUUGAUAACUGUGACAGCAGAAUAUCCUCUGAAAAAUGAAACAACAAUUGAGUCAACGACAGAGACGUCGCAAAUAACAGGGGAAUAUUCGACAGAGCCAUUUUACCAUUACACAACUUUAGAAUCUCCUACGAGUAAAUUGGAAACAACUACUGAAAGAUCAACCGAACGAUCUUUUGUAACAGAUUUUUUCACGAAAGAACCUUCAGUAACAAUGUAUUCUACGGAAGAAUCUUUGGAAACCUCAACGAUUGAACAGCCACGAACAAUAAUGCAAUAUAUUACGAAUCAACCUUCUACAACUAGUCAGUUUUCUAUCGAACAACAAUCAACGACAACACAAUAUUCAACAGAACAAUCUUUUACAACUCUAAAGUAUUCAACAGAAUCACCAUUGACAACUGAUCAAUAUACCAUUAAACAAGAAUUAACAACAACGCAAUAUCCUGAAAAAUCUUCUACAACUUCACAAUAUUCAACAGAACAUCUUUCAACGACUGAACAAUACACCACGGAACAAUCUACAACUAAUGAAUAUGUCAUCGAACAACAACCAUCGACAAUACAGUAUUCAACAGAACUCUCAACUGAACAUACCACGGAACAACCUUCAACAGUUCAACAAUAUUCUACGGAACAGCCACAAACAACUAUACAAUAUUCCACGGAACACUUACGAACAACAACACAAUACUCAACGGAACAACCCCCAACAACUAUUGGAUAUUUCAUCGAACAACAACCAGCAACAACACGGUAUUCAACAGAACUCUCAACUACUGAACAUAUCACGGAACAACCUUCAACAGUUCAACAAUAUUCUACGGAACAGCCACAAACAACUAUACAAUAUUCCACGGAACACUUACGAACAACAACACAAUACUCAACGGAACAACCACCAACAACUAUUGAAUAUUCCAUCGAACAACAACCAACAACUAUACAGUAUUCAACAGAGCUUUCAACCACUGAACAUAUCACGGAACAACCUUCAACAGUUCAACAAUAUUCUACGGAACAGCCACAAACAACUAUACAAUAUUCCACGGAACACUUACGAACAACAACGCAAUACUCAACGGAUCAACCCCGAACAACUAAUCGAUAUUCCACCGAACAACAACAAACAACUAUACAGUAUUCAACAGAGCUCUCAACUACUGAACAUAUCACGGAACAACCUUCAACAGUUCAACAAUAUUCUACGGAACAGCCACAAACAACUAUACAAUAUUCCACGGAACAUUUACGUACAACAACACAAUAUUCAACGGAACAACCCCCAACAACUAUUGAAUAUUCCAUUGAACAACAACCAACAACUAUACAGUAUUCAACAGAGCUUUCAACCACUGAACAUAUCACGGAACAACCUUCAACAGUUCAACAAUAUUCUACGGAACAGCCACAAACAACUAUACAAUAUUCCACGGAACACUUACGAACAACAACGCAAUACUCAACGGAACAACCUCGAACAACUAAUCGGUAUUCCACCGAACAACAACAAACAACUAUACAGUAUUCAACAGAGCUCUCAACUACUGAACAUAUCACGGAACAACCUUCAACAGUUCAACAAUAUUCUACGGAACAGCCACAAACAACUAUACAAUAUUCCACGGAACACUUACGAACAACAACGCAAUACUCAACGGAACAACCUCGAACAACUAAUCGGUAUUCCACCGAACAACAACAAACAACUAUACAGUAUUCAACAGAGCUUUCAACCACUGAACAUAUCACGGAACAACCUUCAACAGUUCAACAAUAUUCUACGAAACAACCUCCAACAAGUAAUCGAUAUUUCACCGAACAACAACAAACAACUAUACAGUAUUCAACAGAGCUCUCAACCAUUGAACAUACCACGGAACAGCCUUCAACAAUUCAACAAUAUUCCACGGAGCAGCCACAAACAACGAUGCAAUAUUCCACAGAAUACUUACGAACAACAACGCAAUAUUCCACGGAACAACCUUCAACAACUAAUCCAUAUUUCACCGAACAACAACCAGCAACAACACGGUAUUCAACAGAACUCUCAACUACUGAGGAACAACGUCCAACAAUCCAACAGUAUUCCACGGAACAGACACACACAACAAUACAAUAUUCCACGGAACAACCUACAAUAACUGUACCAUACUCCACAGAGCUAGAACAAUAUUUCACAGAGUCAUAUCCCACAUUAACAACUCCUAUAAAUACUCCAGGGCAGAUACCUUGUGACCAAACCACCAUCAAUGAUUCCGAAUGUAAUAUCUGUUUGAACGAUACGUGUCGGCCCGUGUGCUUCAACCUAACAGUGAACCAGAGUACACCUAAUUGUAGCAUACUCCCAGAUACCAAAUGCAAAACGCACGACGACUGUCUCUCUCAAUUGGCCUGCAUAAACGAUCAGUGUCUGAACCCGUGCACUCUUCAUAAUCCUUGCGACUUCGUGGAAGUCUGCCAUGUUCAAGACCACAGACCCGUUUGCGUGAAAGAUGUAAUAAACGAUAAGACAGACUGUCCCUAUUGUCCAGCGGGUAUGGAGUGCGAUCCAGCGACGUAUACUUGCGUGAAAGCGGGUUGCACUAGCAACAAAGAUUGCCCGCUGACAGAGGCGUGCAUUGAGGGCACUUGUCAGGAACCUUGCCUCGUUUGGAAUCCUUGCACCAAAAACGCGAUCUGCGUUAACACCAAUCACCAAGCGGAUUGCAGCUGCGAGGACGGUUAUCAUGGAAAUGGAUUCUCCUACUGUGAACCAGAAGAAGAAAGCAGAAACGUAUGCCAAUACAACGAAGAUUGUCCAUCGAGCAAAUAUUGUGAUCGCCUUAACCGGAAGUGCAUCGACCCAUGCUUGGAGAACGAUUGUGGUGUGAACGCGAAUUGUUAUCCAGAGAAUCAUCAAGCUCAAUGCAAGUGUUUGCCUGGAUUCCAAGGAAAUCCUGAAAUUGGAUGCACGUUAACGACUACCAAUCCGUGUGUUCCAAACCCUUGUGGUUUGGACGCCAUGUGCGAGAACGAUAAUGGCAAUCCUAUAUGCUUCUGUCCGAAAGGAUUGACUGGAAAUCCGUUUGAACAGUGUAUACCAGAAGGUGACCAGUGCCAAGAAAAUCCAUGUGGCGUUAAUUCUGGGUGUCGCGUGGUGUCAGGACAAGUGAGAUGCUUCUGUUUGCCAGGAUACGAGGGGAAACCACCUGCUUCUCCUUGCACGCUUCCUAGCAACCCUUGCGAACCAUCUCCUUGUGGGCCUAACACUCAAUGUACCGUAUUGAACAACGGCCUUUCGAAAUGUACUUGCCUACCAGGAUACAUCGAAAGUCCAAAUACGAUCAGGGGAUGCGUGCCUAAGUCUGAUCAGUGUAAUCCUAAUCCCUGUGGACUUGGCGCUAAGUGUGACUCGGAUAGAGCACCUCCUUGUUAUUGUCCGGAGCAUACCGUUGGAAAUCCUUAUCAGAGUUGCGCAGUAACUCCAGCAGAUACAUACUCACCUUGCCUGCUAGUUCCUUGCGGAAAGAACGCGGUCUGUGUCGAGGAGGACGGCAUUGGAAAAUGCAAGUGUAUUCCACCAUUUAUUGGGAACCCAUACAUGGACGGUUGCGAAGCGGAAUGUAUCGUGAACCAAGACUGCGACAAUCAUCUUGCGUGUUUCAAUCAGCAUUGUAGAGAUCCUUGUCCAGGUGUUUGCGGUUCCAAUGCAAAAUGCGAAGUGGUUGAUCAUGUUCCAGUUUGUUCUUGCUUACCUGGCUACACCGGCGAUCCGUUUGGCUCUUGCAAACUCGAGACGUCUCCUCUUCCAUCUCAGAAUCCUUGCAUGCCAUCACCUUGCGGACCGCACAGUAUCUGUCGCGUGAUGAACGAUCGUGCCGUUUGUUCGUGCAGUCCAGGAUAUCAUGGAACGUCGCCUAAUUGUCGUCCAGAAUGUCUAGUUAGCUCAGAAUGUCCCGCACACUUGGCUUGCAUCGGUCAAAAAUGUGGUGAUCCUUGCCCUGGUCUCUGUGGACAGAAUGCUUUAUGCCAGGUCGUCAAUCACAACCCCAUUUGCAGUUGUCCUUCGGAUUAUCUCGGUGAUCCUUUCACUCAAUGCGUCAAAGAAGAUAUACCACUGCCAAGACCAAAGAAUCCUUGUUUACCAUCGCCCUGUGGCCCGAACGCCGAGUGUCGUGUGCAAGAGGAUCAUCCAGUUUGCACGUGUAUCAGUGGAAUGUUCGGAGCACCGCCACUUUGCAGACCAGAAUGUUCGAUUCAUCAAGACUGUCCACAUUAUCUCGCCUGUGUUCAAAAGAAAUGCGUGGAUCCUUGUGCUGGUUCUUGCGGAUUUAAUACCAACUGCACCGUGCAGAACCAUCGGCCGAUGUGUCAAUGUAACGAGGGUUACGAAGGGGAUCCAUUCUCUGGAUGUAGCAAAGUUACUUUCCCAGUGCCACUGCCAUGCGACCCAUCGCCGUGUGGCGCUAAUGCAAUUUGCAAAGAACGAAACGGAGCUGGUUCGUGUAGCUGUUUACCCGACUACACCGGAGACCCAUAUCAAGGAUGUAGACCAGAAUGUGUUCAAAAUUCAGACUGUGUUCAUACGAAGGCUUGUAUAAACAAUAAAUGCAAGGAUCCAUGCGUGGGUGCGUGUGGUAUAAAUGCUCAAUGUCAAGUGAUCAAUCAUCAACCCUCGUGCAACUGUCUCUCUGGCUACACGGGAGAUCCAUUAAAAUCCUGCCAUAUAUCGCCUGUAACACCACUGCCACGUGAUCCAUGCCAACCAUCACCUUGUGGAUCAUAUAGUAAUUGUCGCGUGAUCGACAAUCAUGCGGUUUGUUCCUGCCAACCAAAUUAUGUCGGUAGUCCUCCACAAUGUAGACCAGAGUGUGUGGUUAGCACAGAUUGCGCUCAGAACAUGGCUUGUAUCGAUCAGAAGUGCAGAGAUCCUUGUCCAGGCACUUGUGGUCAGAAUGCUGAUUGUCAAGUUAUCAACCAUAAUCCCGUAUGCAGUUGCACGUCUGGAUACACCGGAGAUCCGUUCUUUGGUUGUGUUAAAGAAGUGGAACCGAAACAACCUGGACCAAAACCAAGUGGAAAUCCAUGCAUUCCAUCGCCUUGCGGUCCGAAUUCUCAGUGUCGCGUGAUUGAUGGAUUCCCAGCAUGUUCCUGUCUACCGAAUUACGUAGGCAGAGCACCGAAUUGUCGACCGGAGUGUGUUAUUAACGAAGGAUGUCCUGGAAAUCUUGCAUGUCAGAACGAACAGUGUGUAGAUCCUUGCCCGGGAUCCUGUGGCGUGAAUACUUACUGCAAUGUCGUGAAACACAAUCCAGUUUGUAUUUGCAAUACCGGAUACACUGGAAAUCCAUUCACCGAAUGCGUACCUAUCAUGAAAGUACCCACAACCACGGAACAACCGCGCACGCCAUGCAAUCCAUCUCCGUGCGGAGCGAACGCGAUCUGCAAUGAACGUAACGGCGUAGGAUCUUGCACUUGUCGUCCAGAAUACAUCGGCGAUCCCUAUACAGGAUGUCGACCAGAAUGUGUGACAAACACCGAUUGCGAUCGUAGCAAGGCUUGCCUGAACAAUAAAUGCGUGAAUCCAUGCCCUGGCACAUGCGGCCAGGGAGCAACUUGUCGCGUGAUCAAUCACGCUCCAUCGUGUUCCUGUCUUCCUGGUUUCACCGGGGAUCCUUUCAGCGCCUGCGUAGUGCUCGAAGUGACGCCAACCUCACCGCCACUAAAUCCCUGCGAACCAUCGCCAUGUGGACCCAACAGCAACUGUCGUGUUCACAAUGGACACGCUGUGUGUCUUUGUCAACUAGGAUUCGUCGGUGUUCCUCCAACCUGUCGUCCAGAAUGCACAGUGAGCUCGGAAUGUUCUCAAAACAAAGCGUGCAUCGAUAACAAAUGCGCAGAUCCUUGUCCAGGUUCCUGUGGGUUGAACACUAAAUGUCUGACAGUGAAUCACAAUCCGAUUUGUACUUGCACUAAUGGAUACACUGGCAAUCCACUGGUUCAGUGCACCAAAUUUAACGUAUCACAACCACCGUUUAAGGAUCUUGGAAGUCCGUGCACUCCUAAUCCUUGCGGACCUAAUUCUCAAUGCAGAGUUAUUGGCUCUCAACCAGCUUGUUCUUGUUUGUCGAACUUCAUCGGUCGUCCACCGAAUUGUAGACCGGAGUGCACUGAUAAUUCGGAUUGCUUCCAUUCGGCCGCGUGUAUUAACCAGAGAUGCAAGAGUCCUUGUCCCGGAGCCUGUGGAGAGCUGGCUAGGUGCUCCGUUCAGAAUCACGUUCCAAUUUGUACGUGUCCCGAGGGUUAUGAGGGCGAUGCCACUGUUCGGUGUACUCUGGCACCUCCUCCAGCAACGGACAUAAGCGUAACAAACCCAUGUUCUCCGAACCCAUGCGGUCCAAACGCUCAAUGUCGCGAAAGAAACGGUGCAGGAGCCUGUGCAUGUCCACCAGAUCUUAUCGGAGAUCCGUACGAUAACGCGAAAGGAUGUCACAGAGAGUGUGAAUCGAACAACGAUUGUGCUCCACAAUUAACCUGCGUUGGUUUCAAGUGUUCUGAUCCGUGCCCAAGCACUUGCGGUACAUUAUCCAUCUGUAAUGUUCAGGAACAUGUUCCGGUGUGUACUUGCCCUCCAGAAUACACGGGAGACCCGUACUUCGCUUGCGAAGUUAAGGAAAUAUCGAGAGAACCAUUGGAUCCAUGUUCACCAUCACCGUGUGGACCCAAUAGUAAGUGUCGCGAAGUGAAUGGUCAAGCAGUCUGCACGUGUCUUCCGGAAUACAGAGGAAUCCCACCGAACUGUAGACCUCACUGCGUGGUCAAUGCCGAAUGUCCAGCUCACUUGGCUUGUUUGAAUAAGAAAUGCACGGAUCCAUGUCCAAACACCUGUGGAUUAAGAGCAUUGUGUACUACUAAGAAUCAUAAUCCUAUUUGUACUUGUCCUGUUGGAUUUACAGGAGAUCCUUUCUCACUAUGCUCGCCUGCGCAAGAAGUUCAACCGUUCACGGAACGACCGCCGUCCUGCACUCCAUCACCCUGCGGUCCGAAUUCCCUGUGCCAGAUCAUAUCCGGAAACCCAGCCUGCUCCUGUUUGCCAAAUUACAUCGGUGUUCCUCCAGAGUGCAGACCAGAGUGCAUUCUAAGCUCCGAAUGCAAGAGUCACCUUGCUUGUGUGAACCAGAAAUGUCAGGAUCCUUGUCCAGGAUCUUGUGGCGUUAAUGCUCAGUGUCACGUACUGAAUCACAUUCCUGUUUGCACCUGUAUGAAUGGUUUCACCGGUGAUCCGUUUACACAGUGCACAGUGAUUCCACCAACAACUGUACCAUCUGUGAGCGAUCCAUGCAGCCCAUCGCCUUGUGGACCUAACGCCCUAUGCAAAAAUGGAGAUUGCGAGUGUUUACCUGAAUACAUCGGCAAUCCGUACGAAGCUUGUCGACCAGAAUGUAUUCUCAAUUCGGAAUGUGCACGCGAUAAGACUUGUCUGAAGAAUAAGUGCAGAGAUCCUUGCCCUGGCACAUGCGGACAGAAUGCGGUGUGCGAUGUUGUGAAUCAUAUUCCUGUGUGUUCCUGUAUACCUGGAUAUAUUGGAGAUCCGUUCGUCAGCUGUCGUGUCCAACCACAAGUUCCAGAAGCAAUGAGAGAUCCAUGCUCGCCCUCACCAUGUGGACCAAACAGCCAAUGUCGUAACAUCGAGGACCACGCAGUGUGUUCUUGUCUUCAGGGAUAUCUUGGAUCACCACCUUCGUGCAGACCAGAAUGCGUGGUUAGUACGGAAUGUCCUCCGACUCGUGCUUGCGUGAACAAAAAAUGCACGGAUCCCUGUUUGGGUUCUUGCGGCUUGAACGCCAGAUGCGAAGUGAUCAAUCAUUCGCCGAUCUGCAGUUGUCUUUCUGGACAGACUGGAGAUCCUUUCAAGAGCUGCUACGAUACUCCGAUCUUACCAGACGUCAAAGACACGGGAGAUCCGUGCAAUCCAUCGCCAUGCGGUCCAAAUGCUCAAUGCCACAACGUGAAUGGCUAUCCAUCCUGUUCUUGUCUUCCAACCUAUAUCGGAACCCCGCCGUCUUGUCGUCCGGAGUGUCUCAUAAAUCCCGACUGCCCAUCGGACAAAGCUUGCGUAAAUUCCAAAUGCACGGAUCCUUGUGCAGGGUCCUGUGCCGAAAAUGCCAGGUGUUUGGUAGUCAAUCAUGCUGUUACCUGCUCAUGUCCAGCCGACUACACAGGAAAUCCUUUCGUCCAAUGUGUCGAACUGGAUCAAGAACCAAUCAAUCCAUGCGAGCCUUCGCCUUGUGGUCCAAACGCGAUCUGCCAACAGCGUGACAACGUCGGUGCUUGUAUUUGCAUCGACGAUUACCACGGAAAUCCCUACGAAGGCUGUCAGCCAGAAUGCAUCCUCAGUUCAGACUGUCCAACGAACAAAGCCUGCGUUCGCAACAAAUGUGAAGAUCCGUGUCCAGGAAUAUGCGGUAUCCAGGCUCAAUGCUCCGUCAUCAACCACAUCCCUACUUGCACAUGUCAGCCUGGCUACGUAGGAGAUCCCUUCAGCAUCUGUAAUUUACCAAUCAAUGCAGACACUGAGCCUACUGUCACUGAUCCAUGUAAUCCUACGCCUUGUGGACCCAAUAGCUUGUGCAGAGCCGUGAAAUAUCAAGCUGUGUGUACUUGCCAGGAAUCAUUCGUUGGUUCUCCGCCUAACUGCAAGCCCGAGUGUGUCGUAAAUUCUGAAUGUCCUCAAAAUAGGGCUUGUUACAAAUACAAGUGUAAUGAUCCUUGUCCUGGAACGUGUGGAGUGGGAGCUAAUUGUCGUGUAAUUAAUCAUAAUCCGCUGUGCAGCUGCCCUCAGGGUACUACGGGAGAUCCUUUCUCUAGAUGCUAUCCUCAGACGAUCACACCAACGCCACCAGUGGGUGAUCCUUGCAGCCCAAGUCCGUGCGGCCUCUACGCAGAAUGUAGAGCAAUUGGCGAUCAAGCUGCUUGUUCAUGUCUCAAGAACUACAUAGGACUGCCACCAAAUUGUCGACCAGAGUGCGUCGUUAACACAGAUUGUCCUUCUAAUCAAGCCUGCAUCUCGGAAAAAUGCAGAGAUCCUUGCAUUGGAUCGUGUGGACAAAAUGCAGAUUGUAGGGUGCAGAAUCACAUUCCUGUCUGCUUGUGCCAACCAGGAUAUACCGGCGAUCCUUUCACGCUAUGCUCGCAGAUAAUAGAACAACCGAAGCCAGAAGAUCUGUGCAAUCCAUCCCCCUGUGGACCAAACGCAGAUUGCAGAGAGGGAAUCUGCACGUGCCUUCCAAACUAUUUCGGUGAUCCAUACUCGUACUGUCGUCCAGAAUGCACUAUGAAUUCGGACUGCUCUCGAGUAAAGGCGUGUGUCAAUCAAUUUUGCGUGGAUCCUUGUAUUGGCACGUGUGGAACCAAUGCGAAAUGCGACGUGGUCAAUCACAUUCCUAUGUGCAGCUGUUUCCCUGGUACCACUGGAGAUCCGUUCACACUGUGUCGACCACAGAUAUCUGAAGAACCAAGAAAACAACCAUGCACACCGUCUCCCUGUGGGCCGAACAGCAUUUGCAAGGUGGUGAACGAUCAUGCAGUCUGCUCUUGUCAGACUGACUUUAUCGGUAGUCCUCCUGCGUGCAGACCAGAGUGUGUAGUGAGUGCCGAGUGUCCGUUAACUCAGGCGUGUCUCGCUAACAAGUGUCAAGAUCCCUGUCCAGGAACUUGCGGACAGAAUACCAAGUGUCAAGUAGUCAAUCACAAUCCAAUAUGCAGCUGCUCCGAGGGACACACUGGCGAUCCUUUCACUAGAUGUUACAUCAUGCCCAGACAACCACCAGUACCAACGAACCCGUGUCAACCAUCUCCGUGUGGUCCGAACGCGGAGUGUCAAGUGCGAGGUGAUAGUUCAGCGUGUUCGUGUAUCGAAAAUUACAUCGGUGUUCCACCAAAUUGUAGACCUCAGUGUACGAUUAAUCCCGAGUGUCCGCCGCAUUUAGCGUGUAUGCAACAAAAGUGUCGCGAUCCGUGCGUCGGUCUGUGCGGUUUGAACGCUCAGUGUACGGUGGUGAAUCAUCACGCGGUGUGUGCUUGUGUCGAUGGUUACAGCGGAAAUCCGUUCAGCGUUUGCGAGGCGAUCCCGAAGGAUACACCCUUAGAUAUUAGGAAACCAUGCGAGCCUUCCCCCUGUGGUAUCAACGCGAUCUGUCGCGAGAACAAUGGCGUCGGUUCCUGUUCCUGUCUGCCAGACUACAUUGGUGACCCCUACGAAGGAUGCAGACCUGAAUGUACCCAAAACCCCGAUUGCUCCAAGACGAUGGCCUGCAUGGGCCUCAAGUGCCGAGAUCCCUGUCCAGGAACCUGUGGAUUGCAAGCCCGUUGCGAAACGAUCAAUCACGUACCUGCGUGUUCAUGUAACCCUGGAUACACUGGCAAUCCGUUCACCUAUUGUUCCCCCAUCUCCGCUGCUCCAAACCCCAUAGAGUCAGACCCCUGUAGUCCGUCUCCAUGCGGACCGAAUAGUCAAUGUCGAAACGUCAACGACCAUGCUGUGUGUACCUGCCUGGCAAAUUUCAUUGGAAGCCCACCAACUUGUCGACCCGAAUGCGUGGUAAACAGUGAAUGUUCGAGGGAACUUGCGUGCAUUAAUCAAAAAUGCGCGUCCCCGUGCAUGAACUCGUGUGGUAUCAAUACGCAGUGUAAAGUGAUCAACCACAGCCCCAUAUGCAUCUGUAAUAUUGGAUAUACUGGUGAUCCGUUUACGAAAUGCUUCCCUACUCCACAAUCACCCCAGAAAGACACUGACCUCGCUCCUAAAGAUCCGUGCGUGCCAUCACCUUGUGGCAUGUACGCAGAAUGCAGGAACAUCGGUGGUACAGCCUCUUGUUCCUGUCUGCCAAGAUAUAUCGGAUCCCCACCGACCUGUCGACCGGAAUGUCGCGUGAAUUCAGAUUGCCCCAUGAAUCUUGCGUGUACCAAUGAGAAGUGCAGAGAUCCUUGCCAAGGAUCCUGUGGUGUCACGUCCCUGUGCACGGUUUACAAUCACGUGCCUGUGUGCACUUGCCCUGAAGGAUACACCGGCGAUCCUUUCAGCAAUUGCUAUCCCGCACCCAUUAAACCAACUGAACCAACUGUUGUUGACCCUUGUGCAUCCUCACCAUGUGGACCUAAUGCACGUUGCGACGAUGGAAUUUGCACAUGUUUACCAGAGUAUCAGGGAGAUCCUUACGUUGGUUGUCGACCAGAGUGCGUACUGAAUACGGAUUGUCCUCAGAAUCGAGCAUGCAUCAGGAACAAGUGUGUCGAUCCUUGCCCCGGCACAUGUGGCCGAAAUGCGCAGUGUCUGAUAUUCAAUCAUGUGCCCAUGUGCAGCUGUCCUAGUGGAAUGGUCGGAAAUGCAUUUGUUCAGUGCACUGCCCUUCAAGAUACUGUAAAGAGGAAUCCUUGUUCGCCGUCACCCUGUGGACCAAAUAGCGUGUGUAGAGAGAUCAAUGAACAGCCAGUGUGUUCCUGCGUAGCAGGAUUCCUGGGUGCACCACCUACCUGUAGACCAGAAUGUACAGUCAGUUCAGAUUGUCCUUUAUCAGAAGCUUGUACCAACCAGAAAUGUGUCAAUCCCUGUCCCGGUUCAUGUGGAUUCAGAGCUACUUGUAACGUUGUCAAUCAUAAUCCUAUAUGCAGUUGUCCAUCAGAACUCACUGGCGAUCCAUUUGUUCAGUGUGUUCUACGACCACCCGAGCCCGUAGUGCCACAAAACCCAUGCGAACCUUCUCCAUGCGGACCCAAUGCAGAAUGCAGAGUGGUCAAUGACGCUCCCUCUUGCUCUUGUUCGCCGGAAUUCAUAGGCACACCUCCCAAUUGUAGACCCGAAUGUAUCAGUAACAGCGAAUGUUCUGGUCACAUGGCGUGUAUGAAUCAGAAAUGUAGAGACCCUUGUCCGGGAUCCUGUGGUGCCAACGCUGAAUGUCGCGUUGUCAGUCACACACCUAUGUGUGUGUGUCCGAGCGACUAUACCGGUGAUCCCUUCACUCAAUGUACACCUAGACCACCUGUCCCUGUGAAUAUUUCUCCAUGCACUCCUUCGCCAUGUGGCUUCAACGCGAUAUGCAAAGAACAAAACGGUAUAGGUUCGUGUUCCUGUUCGCCCGAUUACAUUGGCAACCCUUACGAAGGUUGUCGUCCUGAAUGUGUCGUUGAUACGGACUGUCCAUCUACCUUGAGUUGUAUACGUUCUAAAUGUCAAGAUCCUUGUCCAGGCACUUGUGGAACGAACACAGAGUGCAAGGUUAUCAAUCAUCGUCCUGCGUGCACGUGUAUUCAAGGUUACAGUGGAAAUCCCUUCCAAUACUGCACCUUGAUGCGUGAAUUAGAAGAUAAACCGACGUACAAGGACCCGUGCAAUCCUUCACCUUGCGGACCAAACAGUCAAUGUCGAGUAGUAAAUGAUCAAGGGGUUUGUUCCUGUCUGCCAGAAUAUACAGGAGUACCUCCAAUGUGCCGACCUGAGUGCGUUCUAAACUCAGAGUGUCCUCAAGAUCGUGCAUGUAUUAACCAGAAAUGCGUGGACCCGUGUCCUGCUUCUUGUGGUACAUUCGCUACAUGCGUGGUCAGGAAUCACAGUCCAAUCUGUGCAUGUAGGCAAUCAUACACGGGGGAUCCCUUCACCAGAUGCUUCCCUAUUCCACAAGCUACGCCUCCUACAGCACUCGAAGUUACACAACCAUGUUUGCCUUCUCCUUGCGGUCCAAAUUCAGAAUGUCGUGUGGUUAAUGGUGGGCCAUCUUGUCAAUGUCGACCAUCUUAUAUUGGAAGUCCUCCAAACUGUCGUCCAGAGUGUACAGUGAAUUCUGAUUGUUCUCCUAGUCAGGCUUGCAUGAGAGCAAAAUGCGGAGACCCUUGCCCAGGUUCUUGUGGAUCUAAUGCUCAGUGCACUGUACUCAAUCACGUUCCUAUAUGUUCCUGCUUUGAAGGAUACACGGGAGAUCCUUUCAGUAACUGUCAUCCUGCUCCCGUUAAGCCAACUGAACCCACUGUUGCUGACCCUUGUAUACCAUCGCCUUGUGGUCCCAAUGCACGUUGUGACAAUGGAAUUUGUACAUGCCUAUCAGAAUAUCAGGGUGAUCCAUACGUAGGUUGUCGUCCAGAAUGUGUACUGAAUACGGACUGUCCUCAGAAUAGAGCUUGUUUAAGAAACAAGUGCGUUGAUCCUUGUCCUGGUACAUGUGGUGUCAAUGCAGAAUGUUUAGUAUACAAUCACGUGCCCAUGUGCAGUUGUCCUAAUGGAAUGGUUGGGAACGCAUUCGUUCAGUGCACAAUUCUUCAAGAUACCGUCAAAGGAAACCCAUGUUCGCCUUCACCGUGUGGACCAAACAGUGUUUGUCGAGAGAUCAAUGGUCAGCCUGUUUGCUCUUGCGUAGCAGGAUACUUAGGAGCACCACCAACUUGCAGACCAGAAUGUACAGUCAGUUCCGAUUGUCCACCGACACAGGCUUGCACCAAUCAGAAAUGUGUCAAUCCUUGCCCCGGUACAUGUGGGUUUAGAGCCAUUUGCAAUGUUGUCAAUCAUAAUCCGAUAUGCAGCUGUCCACCUGAACUCUCUGGCGAUCCAUUUGUUCAGUGUGUUCCACGACCACCCGAGCCCGUAGUGCCACAAAACCCAUGUGAACCAUCUCCGUGUGGACCCAAUGCAGAAUGCAGAGUCAUCAAUAGUGCACCCUCUUGCUCCUGUUUGUCGGAAUUCAUAGGAGCCCCACCUAAUUGCAGGCCCGAAUGUGUUAGCAAUAGCGAAUGUCCUAGUCAGUUUGCCUGUAUGAAUAAAAAAUGCAGGGAUCCUUGUCCUGGAUCUUGUGGGGCUAACGCCGAGUGUCGUGUUGUUAGUCAUACACCUAUGUGUAUUUGCCCUGAUCGCUAUACCGGUGAUCCUUUCACUCAGUGUACACUCAAACCACCUGUUCCCGUCAAUCUCUCCCCAUGUAGUCCAUCGCCGUGUGGUUUCAAUGCGAUAUGUAAAGAACAGAACGGUGUCGGUUCAUGUUCCUGUGCAGCCGAUUACAUCGGCAACCCUUACGAAGGGUGCCGCCCUGAGUGUGUCGUUGACACUGACUGUCCAUCAGCAUUAAGUUGUAUACGCUCUAAAUGCCAAGAUCCCUGCCCAGGUACCUGUGGCACGAACGCAGAAUGCAAGGUCAUCAACCAUCGUCCUGCAUGCACGUGCUUCCGAGACUACACUGGAAAUCCAUUCCAAUACUGUAACUUGAUACGUGAAAUAGAAGACGAAAUGAAAUAUAAGGAUCCGUGCAACCCUUCUCCCUGUGGACCAAACAGUCAGUGUCGCGUAGUAAACGGUCAAGGAGUCUGCUCCUGUCUACCAGAAUUCACGGGUGCUCCUCCUAUGUGUCGCCCCGAGUGUACUCUAAAUUCCGAGUGCCCUGAAGAACGUGCAUGCGUUAACCAGAAAUGUGUGGACCCGUGUCCCGCAUCUUGUGGCACAUUUGCUACAUGUGUGGUAAAAAAUCACAGUCCAAUUUGUGCUUGCAGAGAAGCAUACACUGGAGAUCCAUUUACUAGAUGUUUCCCCAUCCCACAAGCUUUACCACCAGCCACAGCCGAACCUUCACAACCUUGCUUGCCAUCUCCUUGUGGUCCAAAUUCAGAGUGUCGUGUAGUUAACGGAGGUCCAUCUUGUCAAUGUCUACCAACUUACAUUGGAAGUCCACCAAACUGUCGUCCAGAGUGUACAGUUAGCUCUGACUGUUCUCCCAGUCAAGCCUGUAUAAGACAAAAAUGCAGAGAUCCUUGUCCAGGGUCUUGUGGCUCUAACGCACAGUGUACAGUAUCGAAUCACGUCCCUGUAUGUUCGUGUCUAAGCGGGUACACAGGAGAUCCUUUCAACAGUUGCAAUCUUGCUCCUGUUAAACCAACUGAACCCACGAUUAUUGACCCCUGUGCAUCAUCACCUUGUGGUCCCAAUGCACGUUGCGACAGUGGAAUCUGUACAUGUUUACCAGAGUAUCAGGGAGAUCCUUACAUUGGUUGUCGACCAGAAUGUGUGUUGAACACAGAUUGCCCUCAGAAUCGUGCUUGUUUGAGAAACAAGUGUGUUGAUCCUUGUCCUGGUACUUGUGGCAUAAAUGCAGAAUGUCUGGUGUACAGUCACGUGCCCAUGUGCAGCUGUCCCAACGGAAUGGUUGGAAACGCAUUUGUUCAGUGCACUGUUCUCCAAGGUACAAAUUAAGAAAUUUCAUUUGCGAUGAUAAUUUAAUUCUCAACUCACACGCCUCUGACUGUCUCCCAUUAUAUUUUAACGAUAGAUACCAUAAAAAGAAACCCUUGUUCACCUUCACCAUGUGGACCAAACAGUAUUUGCCGAGAGAUCAAUGGACAGCCUGUUUGCUCCUGCGUAGCAGGAUUCCUAGGUGCUCCUCCAACUUGUAGACCAGAAUGUAUACUUAGUUCUGAUUGUUCUCUAUCAGAAGCUUGUAGUAAUCAAAAAUGUGUCAAUCCUUGUCCUGGCUCAUGUGGAUUCAGAGCUACUUGUAACGUUGUCAAUCAUAAUCCUAUAUGCAGCUGCCCACCAGAUCUCACUGGCGAUCCAUUUGUUCAAUGUACCCCACGCCGUAAGCAGUCACCAGAGCCCGUUGUGCCACAAAACCCAUGCGAACCUUCUCCAUGCGGACCAAAUUCUCAAUGUAGAGUUGUCAACGAUGCUCCCUCAUGUUCUUGUUCUCCAGAAUUCAUAGGCGCACCUCCCAAUUGUCGACCGGAAUGUGUCAGUAAUAGCGAAUGUCCUAGUCAGUUUGCUUGCAUCAAUCAGAAAUGCAGAGAUCCUUGUCCUGGAUCCUGCGGGGCGAACGCGGAGUGUCGUGUUGUCAGUCAUACACCGAUGUGUGUUUGUCCUGAGGAUUAUACUGGUGACCCCUUCACGCAGUGUACACCAAGACCACCUAUCCCCGUCGAUAUUUCUCCAUGCACCCCAUCACCGUGUGGUUUCAACGCGAUAUGCAGAGAACAAAGUGGUGUAGGGUCCUGUUCCUGUUUAAAUGAUUAUAUUGGCAAUCCCUAUCAAGGAUGUCGCCCAGAAUGUGUCGUUGACACUGACUGUUCAUCCACAUUGAGCUGCAUACGCUCUAAAUGUCAGGAUCCUUGCCCCGGCACCUGUGGUACGAACGCGGAGUGCCAAGUCAUCAAUCAUCGUCCUGCAUGCACUUGUCUCCAAGGUUACAGUGGAAAUCCCUUCCAAUACUGUACAGUAAUCCGGGAAAUAGAAGAUAAACCAACGUACAAGGAUCCAUGCAACCCUUCACCUUGCGGACCAAAUAGUCAAUGUCGAGUAAUUAAUGAUCAAGGUGUUUGCUCUUGCCUGGCAGAAUUCACGGGUACACCUCCCAUGUGUCGUCCCGAGUGUACUUUAAAUUCAGAAUGUUCACAAGAUCGUGCGUGUGUUAACCAGAAAUGUGUUAAUCCAUGUCCUGCUUCAUGUGGAACUUUUGCCACUUGCGUUGUCAGGAACCAUAGUCCAAUUUGUGCCUGCCGAGACUCAUAUACUGGAGAUCCGUUCACUAGAUGUUUCCCCAUUCCACAAGCCUUACCACCAUCCACAGUCGAACCUUCACAACCGUGUUUGCCAUCCCCUUGUGGUCCUAAUUCGGAGUGCCGUGUAGUUAACGGAGGUCCAUCCUGUCAAUGUCUAUCAACUUACAUUGGAAGUCCACCAAACUGUCGUCCUGAAUGUACAGUAAACUCUGAUUGUUCCGCAAGCCAGACUUGCAUGAGACAAAGGUGCAGAGAUCCUUGUCCAGGUUCAUGUGGUUCCAAUGCCCAGUGCACGGUGCUCAAUCACGUUCCUAUAUGCACCUGUUUCGAAGGAUACACUGGAGAUCCUUUCAGUAACUGCAAUCUCUCUCCCGUCAUACCAAGUAAGAAAGAUGUUGAUCCCUGUGCAUCAUCACCCUGUGGGCCCAAUGCACGUUGCGACAAUGGAAUAUGUACAUGUUUGGCAGAAUAUCAAGGGGACCCUUAUAUGGGUUGUCGACCAGAAUGUGUACUGAACACAGACUGUCCUCAGAAUCGGGCUUGUUCAAGGAAUAAGUGCAUCGAUCCUUGUCCUGGUACAUGUGGUUUAAAUGCAGAAUGUUUAGUAUACAAUCACGUGCCUAUGUGUAGCUGUCCCACUGGUAUGAUUGGAAAUGCUUUCGUUCAGUGCACUGUCUUCCAAGAUACCAUAGAAAGAAAUCCAUGUUCGCCGUCGCCGUGUGGACCAAACAGCGUUUGUCGAGAGAUCAAUGGUCAGCCUGUCUGUUCCUGCGUAGCAGGAUUCUUAGGAGCACCACCAACUUGUAGACCAGAGUGCACAGUCAGUACUGAUUGUCCAUUGACACAAGCUUGUACUAAUCAGAAGUGUGUAAAUCCAUGUCCGGGUUCAUGUGGAUUCAGAGCUGUUUGCAAUGUUGUCAAUCAUAAUCCUAUAUGCAGUUGUCCAGCAGACCUCGCUGGUGAUCCGUUUGUUCAAUGUGUUCCACCACUUAACGGAGGUCCAUCCUGUCAAUGUCUAUCAACUUACAUUGGAAGUCCACCAAACUGUCGUCCUGAAUGUACAGUAAACUCUGAUUGUUCCGCAAGCCAGACUUGCAUGAGACAAAGGUGCAGAGAUCCUUGUCCAGGUUCAUGUGGUUCCAAUGCCCAGUGCACGGUGCUCAAUCACGUUCCUAUAUGCACCUGUUUCGAAGGAUACACUGGAGAUCCUUUCAGUAACUGCAAUCUCUCUCCCGUCAUACCAACUGAACCAACUAUUGUUGAUCCCUGUGCAUCAUCACCCUGUGGGCCCAAUGCACGUUGCGACAAUGGAAUAUGUACAUGUUUGGCAGAAUAUCAAGGGGACCCUUAUAUGGGUUGUCGACCAGAAUGUGUACUGAACACAGACUGUCCUCAGAAUCGGGCUUGUUCAAGGAAUAAGUGCAUCGAUCCUUGUCCUGGUACAUGUGGUUUAAAUGCAGAAUGUUUAGUAUACAAUCACGUGCCUAUGUGUAGCUGUCCCACUGGUAUGAUUGGAAAUGCUUUCGUUCAGUGCACUGUCUUCCAAGAUACCAUAGAAAGAAAUCCAUGUUCGCCGUCGCCGUGUGGACCAAACAGCGUUUGUCGAGAGAUCAAUGGUCAGCCUGUCUGUUCCUGCGUAGCAGGAUUCUUAGGAGCACCACCAACUUGUAGACCAGAGUGCACAGUCAGUACUGAUUGUCCAUUGACACAAGCUUGUACUAAUCAGAAGUGUGUAAAUCCAUGUCCGGGUUCAUGUGGAUUCAGAGCUGUUUGCAAUGUUGUCAAUCAUAAUCCUAUAUGCAGUUGUCCAGCAGACCUCGCUGGUGAUCCGUUUGUUCAAUGUGUUCCACCACCACCCGAACCCGUAGUGCCACAAAACCCAUGCGAACCUUCUCCAUGCGGACCAAAUUCUCAAUGUAGAGUUGUCAACGAUGCUCCCUCAUGUUCUUGUUCUCCAGAAUUCAUAGGCGCACCUCCCAAUUGUCGACCGGAAUGUGUCAGUAAUAGCGAAUGUCCUAGUCAGUUUGCUUGCAUCAAUCAGAAAUGCAGAGAUCCUUGUCCUGGAUCCUGCGGGGCGAACGCGGAGUGUCGUGUUGUCAGUCAUACUCCAAUGUGUGUUUGUCCUGAGGAUUAUACUGGUGACCCCUUCACGCAGUGUACACCAAGACCACCUGUUCCCGUCAGUCUUUCUCCGUGCACCCCAUCACCAUGCGGUUUCAAUGCGAUAUGCAAAGAGCAAAACGGUGUUGGAUCUUGUUCCUGCUUGUCUGAUUACAUUGGUAAUCCUUAUGAAGGGUGUCGACCCGAAUGUGUCAUUGAUACCGAUUGUGCAUCCACAUUGAGCUGUAUACGAUCCAAAUGUCAAGAUCCUUGUCCAGGGACUUGUGGUACAAAUGCAGAGUGUAAGGUCAUAAAUCACCGCCCUGCAUGUACAUGCAUUCAAGGUUACAGUGGGAAUCCGUUCCAAUUCUGUACUCUCAUACGGGAGAUAGAAGAUGACACGAAAUACAAAGACCCGUGCAACCCUUCACCUUGCGGACCCAACAGUCAAUGUCGCGUCGUAAAUGGGCAAGGUGUCUGCUCUUGUCUACCAGAAUUCACGGGUGCUCCUCCUAUGUGCCGCCCCGAGUGUACUCUAAAUUCCGAGUGCCCUGAAGAACGUGCAUGCGUUAACCAGAAAUGUGUUAAUCCAUGCCCUGCUUCAUGUGGAACAUUCGCCACUUGCGUGGUCAGAAACCAUAGCCCGAUUUGUGCCUGCAGAGAUUCGUAUACUGGCGAUCCAUUCACCAGAUGUUUCCCUAUUCCACAAGCUACACCACCUACAGCAAUUCAAGUUUCGCAACCUUGUUUGCCCUCUCCUUGUGGUCCAAAUUCAGAAUGUCGUGUGAUCAAUGGUGGCCCAUCUUGCCAGUGUCGGUCAACUUACGUUGGAAGUCCACCAAACUGUCGGCCAGAAUGUACGGUCAACUCCGAUUGUUCCCCUAGUCAGGCCUGCAUGAGAGAAAAAUGCAGGGACCCUUGUCCAGGUUCUUGUGGUUCCAACGCUCAGUGCACGGUGCUCAAUCACGUUCCCAUAUGUUCCUGCUUCAACGGAUACACCGGAGAUCCUUUCAGCAAUUGUUAUCCAAUUCCGGUGAUACCAACGGAACCGUCUGUGGUUGAUCCUUGCGCAUCAUCACCUUGUGGUCCCAAUGCACGUUGCGAAAGUGGUAUUUGUACAUGCUUGACAGACUAUCAGGGUGAUCCAUAUGUUGGGUGCCGACCAGAGUGCGUACUGAAUACAGAUUGUGCCCAGAAUCGGGCUUGUUUGAGAAACAAAUGUGUCGAUCCUUGCCCUGGUACUUGCGGUCGAAACGCGGAAUGUCUUGUAUACAAUCAUAUACCCAUGUGCAGUUGCCCGAGUGGAAUGGUUGGAAAUGCGUUUGUACUGUGCACUGUCGCUCAAGAUACCAUAAAGGGCAACCCAUGCUCUCCUUCGCCUUGCGGACCAAACAGUAUCUGUCGCGAAAUCAAUGGCCAACCUGUCUGCUCCUGCGUAUCUGGAUUUUUGGGAACACCGCCUACCUGUAGACCAGAGUGUACAGUCAGCUCCGAUUGUCCCCUGACACAAGCUUGUAGCAACCAGAAAUGUGUCAAUCCAUGCUCUGGCACAUGUGGGUUCGGAGCCAUCUGCAACGUCGUCAAUCAUAAUCCCAUAUGUGGCUGCCCGCCUGAACUUACAGGCGAUCCAUUUGUCCAAUGUGUCCCCCGACCCCCCACCGAGCCCGCUGUACCGCAAAAUCCAUGCGAACCCUCUCCGUGUGGACCCAAUGCAGAAUGCAGAGUCGUCAAUGAUUCUCCGUCUUGCACUUGUUUAUCUGAAUUCAUAGGCACCCCACCCAAUUGCAGACCCGAGUGUGGCAGCAAUAGCGAAUGCCCCAGUCAGUUGGCUUGCAUCAAUCAAAAGUGCAGAGAUCCUUGUCCUGGAUCUUGUGGGGCCAACGCGGAAUGUCGCGUUGUCAGUCAUACACCUAUGUGUGCCUGUUUGAACGACUAUACCGGCGACCCCUUCACUCAGUGUACACCUACGCCACUUGUUCCCGUCAAUCUCUCCCCAUGUAGUCCAUCACCGUGUGGUUUCAAUGCUAUAUGCAAAGAACAAAACGGUGUCGGAUCAUGUUCCUGUGCUGCUGAUUACGUCGGCAACCCUUAUGAAGGAUGCCGCCCCGAAUGUGUCGUUGACACUGACUGUCCGUCUACACUGAGCUGUAUACGUUCCAAAUGUCAAGAUCCUUGUCCAGGUACCUGUGGCACUAACGCAGAAUGCAAGGUUAUCAAUCACAGGCCUGCGUGCACAUGCGUUCCGGGUUACAGUGGAAAUCCCUUCCAAUACUGCUCUGUAAUACCCGCAAUAGAGGACGAAACGAAGUAUAAGGAUCCCUGCAGCCCUUCGCCUUGCGGACCCAACAGCCAGUGUCGCGUAGUAAACGGACAAGGAGUUUGCUCCUGUCUGCCAGAAUUCACUGGCACGCCACCCAUGUGCCGCCCCGAGUGUACUUUAAAUUCGGAAUGCCCACUAGAUCGUGCCUGUGUUAGUCAGAAAUGUGUUAAUCCAUGCCCUGCUUCAUGUGGAACAUUUGCCACUUGCGUUGUCAGGAACCAUAGCCCAAUUUGUGCCUGCAGAGACUCAUAUACCGGAGAUCCGUUCACUAGAUGUUUCCCCGUUCCACAAGCUACACCACCUACUGCAAUUGAAGUUUCGCAACCUUGUUUGCCCUCUCCUUGUGGUCCAAAUUCUGAAUGUCGUGUGUGUCUGCCAGAAUUCACUGGCACGCCACCCAUGUGCCGCCCCGAGUGUACUUUAAAUUCGGAAUGCCCACUAGAUCGUGCCUGUGUUAGUCAGAAAUGUGUUAAUCCAUGCCCUGCUUCAUGUGGAACAUUUGCCACUUGCGUUGUCAGGAACCAUAGCCCAAUUUGUGCCUGCAGAGACUCAUAUACCGGAGAUCCGUUCACUAGAUGUUUCCCCGUUCCACAAGCUACACCACCUACUGCAAUUGAAGUUUCGCAACCUUGUUUGCCCUCUCCUUGUGGUCCAAAUUCAGAAUGUCGUGUGAUCAAUGGUGGCCCAUCUUGCCAGUGUCGGUCAACUUACGUUGGAAGUCCACCAAACUGUCGGCCAGAAUGUACGGUCAACUCCGAUUGUUCCCCUAGUCAGGCCUGCAUGAGAGAAAAAUGCAGGGACCCUUGUCCAGGUUCUUGUGGUUCCAACGCUCAGUGCACGGUGCUCAAUCACGUUCCUAUAUGUUCCUGCUUCAACGGAUACACCGGAGAUCCUUUCAGCAAUUGUUAUCCAAUUCCGGUGACACCAAUUGAACCGUCGGUUGUUGACCCUUGCUCAUCAUCACCUUGUGGUCCCAAUGCACGCUGUGAAAGUGGAGUCUGUACAUGCUUGACAGACUAUCAGGGUGAUCCAUAUGUUGGAUGCCGACCAGAGUGUGUACUCAAUACCGAUUGUGCUCAAAAUCGCGCUUGUUUGAGAAACAAAUGCGUCGAUCCUUGCCCUGGUACUUGUGGUCGAAAUGCAGAGUGUCUAGUAUACAAUCAUGUGCCCAUGUGUAGUUGCCCAAGUGGAAUGGUUGGAAAUGCAUUCGUACUGUGCACUGUCGCUCAAGAUACCGAAAAGGGUAACCCAUGCUCUCCUUCGCCAUGUGGACCAAACAGUAUCUGUCGAGAAAUCAAUGGACAACCUGUCGCUCCUGUUUGCUCUUGCGUAGCAGGAUACUUAGGAGCACCACCAACUUGCAGACCAGAAUGUACAGUCAGUUCCGAUUGUCCACCGACACAGGCUUGCACCAAUCAGAAAUGUGUCAAUCCUUGCCCUGGUACAUGUGGGUUUAGAGCCAUUUGCAAUGUUGUCAAUCAUAAUCCGAUAUGCAGCUGUCCACCUGAACUCUCUGGCGAUCCAUUUGUCCAAUGUGUCCCACGACCUCCCGAGCCCGCUGUACCGCAAAAUCCAUGCGAACCCUCUCCGUGUGGACCCAAUGCAGAAUGCAGAGUCGUCAAUGAUUCUCCGUCUUGCACUUGUUUAUCUGAAUUCAUAGGCACCCCACCCAAUUGCAGACCCGAGUGUGGCAGCAAUAGCGAAUGCCCCAGUCAGUUGGCUUGCAUCAAUCAGAAGUGCAGAGAUCCUUGUCCUGGAUCCUGCGGGGCAAACGCGGAGUGUCGUGUUGUUAGUCAUACCCCUAUGUGUGCCUGUUUGAAUGACUAUACCGGCGACCCCUUCACUCAGUGUACACCUACGCCACUUGUUCCCGUCAAUCUCUCCCCAUGUAGUCCAUCACCGUGUGGUUUCAAUGCUAUAUGCAAAGAACAAAAUGGUGUCGGAUCAUGUUCCUGUGCUGCUGAUUACAUCGGCAACCCUUAUGAAGGAUGCCGCCCCGAAUGUGUCGUUGACACUGACUGUCCAUCUACACUGAGCUGUAUACGUUCCAAAUGUCAAGAUCCCUGUCCAGGUACCUGUGGCACUAAUGCAGAAUGCAAGGUCAUCAAUCACCGGCCUGCAUGCAGUUGCCUUCCGGGUUACAGUGGAAAUCCCUUCCAGUAUUGCUCGAUAGUGCCCGCAAUAGAGGAUGAGACGAAGUAUAAGGAUCCCUGCAGUCCUUCGCCUUGUGGUCCCAACAGUCAGUGUCGCGUAGUAAACGGACAAGGUGUCUGCUCUUGUCUGGCAGAAUUCACGGGUACACCUCCCAUGUGUCGUCCCGAAUGUACUUUAAAUUCAGAAUGUCCGCAAGAUCGUGCCUGCGUUAACCAGAAAUGUGUUAAUCCAUGCCCUGCUUCGUGUGGAACUUUCGCCACUUGCGUUGUCAGGAACCAUAGCCCAAUUUGUGCCUGCCGAGACUCAUAUACUGGAGAUCCAUUCACUAGAUGUUUCCCCUAUAAAAUUAGACUGAUUUCUAAUUUUGUAAUUGCCCUUUUAGAAGCCUUACCACCAUCCACAGUCGAACCUUCACAACCGUGUUUGCCAUCCCCUUGUGGCCCUAAUUCGGAGUGCCGUGUAGUUAACGGAGGUCCAUCCUGUCAAUGUUUAUCAUUCGGCAACCCUUAUGAAGGAUGCCGCCCCGAAUGUGUCGUUGACACUGACUGUCCAUCUACACUGAGCUGUAUACGUUCCAAAUGUCAAGAUCCCUGUCCAGGUACCUGUGGCACUAAUGCAGAAUGCAAGGUCAUCAAUCACCGGCCUGCAUGCAGUUGCCUUCCGGGUUACAGUGGAAAUCCCUUCCAGUAUUGCUCGAUAGUGCCCGCAAUAGAGGAUGAGACGAAGUAUAAGGAUCCCUGCAGUCCUUCGCCUUGUGGUCCCAACAGUCAGUGUCGCGUAGUAAACGGACAAGGUGUCUGCUCUUGUCUGGCAGAAUUCACGGGUACACCUCCCAUGUGUCGUCCCGAAUGUACUUUAAAUUCAGAAUGUCCGCAAGAUCGUGCCUGCGUUAACCAGAAAUGUGUUAAUCCAUGCCCUGCUUCGUGUGGAACUUUCGCCACUUGCGUUGUCAGAAACCAUAGUCCAAUUUGUGCCUGCCGAGACUCAUAUACCGGAGAUCCAUUCACUAGAUGUUUCCCCAUCCCACAAGCCUUACCACCAUCCACAGUCGAACCUUCACAACCGUGUUUGCCAUCCCCUUGUGGCCCUAAUUCGGAGUGCCGUGUAGUUAACGGAGGUCCAUCCUGUCAAUGUUUAUCAUCUUACAUUGGAAGUCCACCAAACUGUCGUCCAGAAUGUACAGUAAACUCUGACUGUUCACCUAGUCAAGCCUGCAUGAGAGAAAAAUGCAGGGACCCUUGUCCAGGCUCCUGUGGUUCCAACGCUCAGUGCACGGUGCUCAAUCAUGUUCCUAUAUGUUCCUGCUUCAAUGGAUACACUGGUGAUCCCUUCAGCAACUGUUACCCUGCUCCCGUGGCACCAACGGAACCGUCAGUGGUUGAUCCUUGCGCAUCAUCACCUUGUGGUCCCAAUGCACGUUGCGAAAGUGGUAUUUGUACGUGCUUGACAGACUAUCAGGGUGAUCCAUACGUUGGGUGCCGACCAGAGUGCGUACUGAAUACAGAUUGUGCCCAGAAUCGCGCUUGUUUGAGAAACAAAUGUGUCGAUCCUUGCCCUGGUACUUGCGGUCGAAAUGCAGAGUGUCUAGUAUACAAUCAUGUGCCCAUGUGCAGUUGUCCAAGUGGAAUGGUUGGAAAUGCGUUCGUUCUGUGUACUGUCGCUCAAGAUACCGUAAAGGGCAAGCCAUGCUCUCCUUCGCCUUGUGGGCCAAACAGCGUCUGUCGAGAAAUCAAUGGACAAUCUGUCUGCUCCUGUGUAUCUGGAUUCUUGGGAACUCCACCUACAUGUAGACCAGAGUGUACAAUCAGCUCUGAUUGUCCUUUGACACAGGCUUGUAGCAAUCAGAAAUGUGUCAAUCCAUGUUCUGGUACAUGCGGGUUCAGGGCCACCUGCAAUGUCGUCAAUCAUAAUCCCAUAUGUAGCUGUCCACCAGAACUUACAGGCGAUCCAUUCAUUCAAUGUGCGCCGAGACCACCCGAGCCCAUUGUACCACAAAAUCCAUGCGAACCCUCUCCGUGUGGACCCAAUGCAGAAUGCCGAGUCAUCAAUGAUGCUCCCUCUUGCUCUUGUUUAUCGGAAUACACAGGCGCCCCACCCAAUUGCAGACCCGAAUGUGGCAGUAAUAGCGAAUGUCCAAAUCAGUUGGCUUGCAUCAAUCAGAAAUGCAGAGAUCCUUGUCCUGGAUCCUGCGGGGCAAACGCGGAGUGCCGUGUUGUCAGUCAUACCCCUAUGUGUGCCUGUUUGAACGACUAUACUGGUGAUCCCUUCAGUCAAUGUUCUCCUAUACCAGCUGUUCCCGUGAAUCUUACGCCAUGUAGUCCAUCACCUUGUGGCUUUAACGCUAUAUGCAAAGAGCGAAAUGGCGUAGGUUCCUGUUCCUGUUUAUCUGAUUAUAUCGGAAACCCCUACGAUGGGUGUCGUCCCGAGUGUGUCGUUGACAGUGAUUGUCCAUCUACACUGAGCUGUAUACGUUCCAAAUGUCAAGACCCCUGCCCUGGUGCCUGUGGCACAAACACGGAGUGCAAAGUCAUUAAUCACCGACCUGCGUGCACAUGCAUUCCGGGUUACAGUGGAAAUCCCUUCCAAUACUGCUCCAUAAUGCCCGCAAUAGAGGAUGAAACGCAAAAUAAGGAUCCGUGCAACCCUUCACCUUGCGGUCCAAACAGUCAAUGUCGCAUCGUAAAUGGGCAAGGUGUCUGCUCUUGCCUGGCUGAAUUCACUGGCACACCUCCCAUGUGUCGUCCCGAAUGUACUUUAAAUUCAGAAUGUCCUCAAGAUCUUGCAUGCGUUAAGCAGAAAUGUGUUAAUCCAUGCCCUGCUUCGUGUGGAACUUUCGCCACUUGCGUUGUCAGGAACCAUAGCCCAAUUUGUGCCUGCCGAGACUCAUAUACCGGAGAUCCAUUCACUAGAUGUUUCCCCAUCCCACAAGCCUUACCACCAUCCACAGUCGAACCUUCACAACCGUGUUUGCCAUCCCCUUGUGGUCCUAAUUCGGAGUGCCGUGUUGUUAACGGAGGUCCUUCUUGUCAAUGUCUAUCAACUUACAUUGGAAGUCCACCAAACUGUCGUCCAGAAUGUACAGUAAACUCUGACUGUUCACCUAGUCAAGCCUGCAUGAGAGAAAAAUGCAGGGACCCUUGUCCAGGCUCCUGUGGUUCCAACGCUCAGUGCACGGUGCUCAAUCAUGUUCCUAUAUGUUCCUGCUUCAAUGGAUACACUGGAGAUCCCUUCAGCAACUGUUACCCUGCUCCCGUGGCACCAAGUAAGAAAGUUAAAAACGUACCUUCGCCUUGCGGACCCAACAGUCAAUGUCGCGUCGUAAAUGGGCAAGGUGUCUGCUCUUGUCUACCAGAAUUCACGGGUGCUCCUCCUAUGUGCCGCCCCGAGUGUACUCUAAAUUCCGAGUGCCCUGAAGAACGUGCAUGCGUUAACCAGAAAUGUGUUAAUCCAUGCCCUGCUUCGUGUGGAACUUUCGCCACUUGCGUUGUCAGAAACCAUAGUCCAAUUUGUGCCUGCCGAGACUCAUAUACCGGAGAUCCAUUCACUAGAUGUUUCCCCAUCCCACAAGCCUUACCACCAUCCACAGUCGAACCUUCACAACCGUGUUUGCCAUCCCCUUGUGGUCCUAAUUCGGAGUGCCGUGUUGUUAACGGAGGUCCUUCUUGUCAAUGUCUAUCAACUUACAUUGGAAGUCCACCAAACUGUCGUCCAGAAUGUACAGUAAACUCUGACUGUUCACCUAGUCAAGCCUGCAUGAGAGAAAAAUGCAGGGACCCUUGUCCAGGCUCCUGUGGUUCCAACGCUCAGUGCACGGUGCUCAAUCAUGUUCCUAUAUGUUCCUGCUUCAAUGGAUACACUGGAGAUCCCUUCAGCAACUGUUACCCUGCUCCCGUGGCACCAACGGAACCGUCAGCGGUUGAUCCUUGCGCAUCAUCACCUUGUGGUCCCAAUGCACGUUGCGAAAGUGGUAUUUGUACAUGUCUGGCAGACUAUCAGGGUGAUCCAUAUCUUGGAUGCCGACCAGAGUGCGUACUGAAUACCGAUUGUGCCCAGAACCGCGCUUGUUUGCGAAAGAAAUGUGUCGAUCCUUGCCCUGGUACUUGCGGUCGAAAUGCAGAGUGUCUAGUAUACAAUCAUGUGCCCAUGUGCAGUUGUCCAAGUGGAAUGGUUGGAAAUGCGUUCGUUCUGUGUACUGUCGUUCAAGAUACCGUAAAGGGUAACCCAUGCUCUCCAUCACCUUGUGGACCAAACAGCGUCUGUCGAGAGAUCAAUGGUCAACCUGUCUGCUCCUGCGUAGCAGGAUUCUUAGGAGCACCACCGUCCUGUAGACCGGAGUGUACAGUCAGUUCCGAUUGUCCUCUGACACAAGCUUGUAGCAACCAGAAAUGUGUCAAUCCAUGCUCUGGAACAUGCGGGUUCAGAGCCACUUGCAACGUCGUCAAUCAUAAUCCCAUAUGUGGCUGCCCACCUGAGCUUACAGGCGACCCAUUUGUCCAAUGUGUCCCACGACCUCCCGAGCCCGCUGUACCGCAAAAUCCAUGCGAACCCUCUCCGUGUGGACCCAAUGCAGAAUGCAGAGUCGUCAAUGAUUCUCCGUCUUGCACUUGUUUAUCUGAAUUCAUAGGCACCCCACCCAAUUGCAGACCCGAGUGUGGCAGCAAUAGCGAAUGCCCCAGUCAGUUGGCUUGCAUCAAUCAGAAGUGCAGAGAUCCUUGUCCUGGAUCCUGCGGGGCAAACGCGGAGUGUCGUGUUGUCAGUCAUACCCCUAUGUGUGCCUGUUUGAAUGACUAUACCGGCGACCCCUUCUCUCAAUGUACACCUACGCCACUUGUUCCCGUCAAUCUCUCCCCAUGUAGUCCAUCACCGUGCGGUUUCAAUGCUAUAUGCAAAGAACAAAAUGGUGUCGGAUCAUGUUCCUGUGCUGCUGAUUACAUCGGCAACCCUUAUGAAGGAUGCCGCCCCGAAUGUGUCGUUGAUACUGACUGUCCAUCUACACUGAGCUGUAUACGUUCCAAAUGUCAAGACCCAUGUCCGGGCACCUGUAGUCCAAACGCAGAGUGCAAGGUCAUCAAUCAUCGGCCAGCGUGCUCAUGCAUUCCUGGUUACAGUGGAAAUCCCUUCCAGUACUGCUCGAUAGUGCCCGCAAUAGAGGAUGAGAUGAAUUAUAAGGAUCCCUGCAGUCCUUCGCCUUGCGGACCCAACAGUCAGUGUCGCGUAGUAAACGGGCAAAGUGUCUGCUCUUGUCUAGCAGAAUUCACUGGCACACCACCCAUGUGCCGUCCCGAGUGUACUUUAAAUUCAGAAUGUCCUCAAGAUCGUGCAUGCGUUAACCAGAAAUGUGUUAAUCCAUGCCCUGCUUCGUGUGGAACUUUCGCCACUUGCGUUGUCAGAAACCAUAGUCCAAUUUGUGCCUGCCGAGACUCAUAUACCGGAGAUCCAUUC